GAAGCCUAGAGGACCAAUCACAACGACGUAGAGGCAGGAACUAUAGGGGUUAAGGAUCCAACGGAAGUUCCCGAAGCUUCCGGCGGCCGGCUUCGUUGGGAACUAUGGCUAAACAUCAUCCUGAUUUGAUCUUUUGCCGCAAACAGGCUGGUGUUGGUGAGACUGCGCCUUGCCCCCGGCUGUCUGGGUCGAGGAUGUACUUCCCCUCUUUGUCAAAAUCUUUAAUUGUACUUUUUACUAUCUUUGAUUUUGCAGCCAUCGGAAGACUGUGUGAAAAAUGUGAUGGCAAGUGUGUGAUUUGUGACUCCUAUGUGCGUCCCUGUACUCUGGUUCGCAUAUGUGAUGAGUGUAAUUAUGGAUCUUACCAGGGGCGCUGUGUGAUCUGCGGAGGCCCUGGGGUCUCUGAUGCCUAUUAUUGUAAGGAGUGUACCAUCCAGGAGAAGGAUAGAGAUGGCUGCCCAAAGAUUGUUAAUUUGGGGAGCUCUAAGACAGAUCUCUUCUAUGAACGCAAAAAAUAUGGCUUCAAGAAGAGGUGAUUGGUCAGUGGCCCCUUCCUUCCCCCCACAUCAAGCUGCUGCAGCUACCAGAAAAGAUGCCUACUACUACCAGCAGAAAGGGAACAGAGCACAGAGUAUUACCAGGCUAGUGUACUGGCAGCUUGCCACUCUCCUCUCACCCAGACAUGUGGUAUGGAUGGAAAAGGAUUCUUCACAGAGCACUCUGGCACACUGUAUCAGAAAAAUAAUAUUUUAGUCUUGUGCUUGAAGAGUUGACUGUGAAGCCAUGCCCAGUGAAAAACUUGUUCCUGCAGCAGCUCUGGUGGCAACUGUCCUUGAGGAACCUUCGGUUUGUGGUGGGAAGCUAUCAGAACAAGAAAUAAUAGGCAUUUACUCUUUAAACACUUGUGCUGGUGUUAUGUUAUUUCCUUCGUAGAAAUUGGAAACCUUUUCUGUUGCUAUUAUAUUAAUAAAAUUGGUGUCUAUUUUCUGGUA